AUGGCACCGCCCAACUCUGGACAGUGCGGAUCCGUCAUCUUCAAGCGGGCCACGGUCAACGAUAUCUUCGCCGGCACCGCCAAGGACGGCUCCAACAACUGGGUCGCGGCGGACUUGUUCGUGCGGUCCAACGCCGGGGUCACCAUCAAGUCGAAUGCCGCCGGUACCAAUGGGGCGACCGACAACAUCUAUCUGGACGGCACCACCUUCACCAAGUCGGGCCUGCUGGGAACCACCACCGACGCCCCCAACCUGACCCUCAGCACCGCCUCGGGCGACGUCUACGUCAACCCCGCCACCGGGGGGCUCAAGUCCGCCGCCGCGCUCACCCUCUCGACCGAUGCCGGCGGUUUCACGCUGAACACCGCCUCCAAGAGGUUCGCCACCGACUCCAGCAUCGUUUCCUCCCACCCGACGACCGUGCUCACCAGCGCCGGCGUGACGACCCGGAUCCGGUCCGAUGCCAACCAGAACAUCCAACUGAGCCCCGGCGUGACUGGCAAGGUCAUCAUCGAUUCCGACCUGGAGUCGACCACGGGAGUGAUCGGGGCCCCCACCGCCGACCUCGCCCUCUCCUCGACCUCAGGGGACGUGAACCUGACGGCCGGCGCCGGGAAGAAGAUCAACAUGCUGUCGGACGUCUACUUCGCCACGGGAGGCCUCUCCACCGGAGGCGGCACCGGGGGGCUCACCUUCUCGACCACCUCGGGCCCCAUCAACCUCCAGCCGGCCACGACCCUCAACGUGACGGCCCCCAUCAUCACCACCGACGGCCACAUCACCGGGGACUCGGUAGACCUGGUCCUGGGCACCAUCACUUCGGGAGACAUCAAGCUCGAUCCUGCAGCCGGCGGCGUCGUGUCGACGAACGCGGAGUUCGUCACCAGCCAGGGCACCAUCCAGGGCUCGACCUCUCUCACGCUCACCACCGGAACGGGGGCCCUUGCCCUGAACCCCGUCUCCGGCCAGAACGUCACGACCAACGCCCCCAUCGUCUCUUCGAACGGCUCCAUCCAGGGGUCCACCGGGCUGACCCUCUCGACCGGCUCGGGGGCGCUCGCUCUGGAGCCCUUUGCCGGACAGAGCGUCACGACGAACGCCAAGUUCGUGACCUCCGACGGCCGCAUCGAGAGUUCGGCGGCCACCGGCCUCACCGUAACCACCGAUGCUGGGGACCUCACGCUGUCUCCCGCGGACAAGAUCAUCUUCACCAAGCCCGUCCUCACGACCGACGGCCACUUCUCGAGCGCCUCCAACACGAACUUCACCAUCACGCCCGGCGCCGGAGCGUCGGUGGUCAUCGAGGGCGACCUGCUGGUGACCGGCACUCUGAGCCACGUCAACACCUCUGAGCUCAACGUCGAAGACAAGCGCAUCACCCUCGGGGUCGGCUCGAACGACGACGCCCUGGGGAUGGCCCUGCCGAGAAGCGCGGACCCUCGAUCGUUCGGCACCGACUGCUUCCUCCCAUCGGGCAGCAUCGACCACAUCAUCAUGAAGCAGAACGGCAUCAAGGACGCCACCGAGUACCGCAUGUUCAUCGAGGCACGGGGGCUAGAGCUCUCGCGCGCGAUGUGGGCGAACGCGCAGAAGAACAAGAUGCGGCCGAUGACGUGCGUCGGAAAGUAA